CAAAAGACGGAACGCUUGCCGUUUCUUGGCGAAAGAGUGCACGCGAGCAACGCAAUUGUCUCUAUAGAUGCGCGACUUUGAUCGGAGUUUCGAUCAACUUGAUCGACGGUCAGCACAAUUGAUAGAAUUCUGCCAGACAGCAACAUGCAGCUUCUGCCCGCGCGAAAGAUUAAUAAUCCCAUCCGCGUUAGCGAAAUAUCCGCGAGCGUUAUGCGAUAAGUCAAUCGUCGUUCGUGCUGAUCGAAAUUCGGAGAAUCAAUCCGGGAUCGUUGCCGAAAAGGAUCUCUCGUCUCAGCGCGGCCACUCGAAUUACGGCGAAUUGAGAGCGAAAUGUGAAAGUCGAAGGGAAAAUUUUCAGGGAAAGGCACGGCGAUGGCGGUGCGAGCCGAGUCGUUGAGCGACGAUGACGCCCGCGAAGCCGAAUCUUGUGAUACAACC